AAAAUAAAGCUUGCUUCUUUUUUUUUUUUUUUGCUCUUUCUCUCUCUACUCUUUUAACACUAAACAAGAGUGAGUAUGAAGUGAGAGAAAGUGAUUUUAAGAGAGGAAUUUUUUUUUUUAUUUUUUUGUGUUUUGCUAAGGUGGAUCCAAACAAGUUUGAAAAAGAUAUAAUCUAAUGCUCAAAUAUUGAUUUGGAUAUCAAGGGAGCAAUUAUUGGAGGAGAAAAGAAGGAAUUGAAGAUAGUAUAAUUAGCAUAAUAAUGUAUGGAGAUUGUCAAGUAGCAGCAGCAUUACCUUCAACAAUGGGAGAAAAUGGGAUGUCAUCAACACCUGAUUGUUCUUCUCUUUUCGCUUCGUCUCUUCGAAACCCUAACAAUCAUAAUCACAAUCAUCAUCAUGUCAAUGCCUUUACUUUCAUGGCUUCGCUUCCGCCUGCCUUCCAUCCUUUCCCUACUAUCCUCCCUGAGGAGAGAGGGAAGGAGGAGAUGGUGGAGAGCUUGUCAGGAAGCGAACUCAACAUGGAAGGACAAGGUGGUCUUUCUGGGAACGAGCUCGAAAGUCUUAGUGAAGAUCCGCUCAACCCCAACCAAUUGCAACCGUCUCAGAGUGGUAAGAAGAAGCGUUACCACCGCCACACUGCUCGUCAGAUUCAAGAAAUGGAAGCUCUUUUCAGAGAAUGUCCGCACCCUGAUGAUAAGCAAAGGAUGAAGCUUAGCCAAGAUCUAGGGCUGAAGCCACGCCAAGUCAAGUUUUGGUUCCAAAAUCGCCGUACCCAAAUGAAGGCACAACAAGAUAGAACUGAUAAUGUGAUACUGAGGGCUGAGAAUGAUAACUUGAAGAACGAAAACUAUCGCUUGCAAGCAGUCUUGAGGAGCCUUGUUUGUCCUGGAUGUGGAGGUGGCUCCAUUCUAGGAGAGGUCGAAUAUGAUGAGCAGCAACUGCGCCUUGAGAAUGCUAGGCUUAAAGAAGAGUAUGACCGAGUUUGCGCAGUUGCAUCAAGGUACACUGGCCGAUCACUCCAAUCUCUUGGACCAUCUCCACCACCGGCAGCUCUCCUACCACCCCCUUCUCUUGACCUAGACAUGGGAAUGUACUCGAGGCACUUCCAAGAGUCAAUGCCUCCUUGCACCCAAAUGCUUCCAAUGCCAUUGCUUCCCGAGCCUGCUACUGAAUUCCCUGGUGCUGGAAGUGGUAAUGGUAGCGGAAGUGGGAGUGGUAGUGGUAGUGGUGGAGGUGGCUUAAUAUUGGAUGAAGAGAGGCCCCUUGCUAUGGAACUGGCCAUGUCUUCCAUGGACGAGUUGCUUAAGAUGUGUCAUGUGAACGAGCCCCUUUGGUUUCGCAAUAGUAGCAACUCCAUGGAAGUGCUUAACAUGGAAGAGUAUUCGAGGAUGUUCCCUUGGCCUCAUCAUCAUGCUGAUCCUCUCAAGCAACAUUACAAUGAGUUAAGGACCGAGGCUACUAGGGAUAAGGCGCUUGUCAUCAUGAACAGCAUCAAUCUUGUAGAUUCUUUCCUUGAUGCCAAUAAAUGGAUGGAGUUGUUUCCUUCCAUUGUCUCUCGUGCCAAGACUGUUCAGAUUCUUGCUCCAGGAGCCUCCGGUCAUGCAAGUGGCGCGCUUCAUCUGAUGUUCGCGGAGUUGCAAGUGCUUUCACCAUUAGUACCUACCCGUGAGACUUAUUUCCUCCGGUAUUGCCACCACAACGCAGAGGAAGGCAUGUGGGCUAUUGUUGAUUUCCCUGUGGAUAACUUCCAAGGAAGCCUUCAACUCUCUCAAAAUAGUAUUCCUAGAUACAGGAAACGCACUUCAGGCUGCAUCAUUCAAGACAUGCCUAAUGGUUACUCAAAGGUUAUAUGGGUUGAACAUGCGGAGGUAUUAGAAGAAAAACCAAUCCACCAAACUUUUGAUCAAUAUGUUCAUAGCGCGAUGGCAUUUGGGGCAAAACGUUGGUUGGCUAUACUUCAAAGGCAAUGUGAGAGGGUUGCUAGUCUCAUGGCCAGAAAUGUAUCUGACCUUGGAGUGAUACAGUCACCAGAAGCAAGGAAGAAUUUCAUGAAGCUGGCACAAAGGAUGAUAAGAACAUUAAGUGUAAAUAUAAGCACUUCAGGGGGUCAGUCUUGGACUGCAUUAUCUGAAUCUGCAGACGAUACAGUUAGAAUUACAACUAGGAAAAUCAUGGAACCAGGGCAGCCUAAUGGAUUGAUCCUCUGUGCGGUGUCCACUACUUGGCUGCCUUAUUCUCAUGACCGGGUUUUUGAUCUGUUGAAGAAUGAAUAUCGAAGGUCUCAGCUUGAAGCUCUUUCUAAUGGAAGUUCCUUACAUGAGGUGGCUCAUAUCGCCAAUGGAUCUCAUCCAGGAAACUGCAUCUCUCUCUUUCGCAUCAAUGUGGCAAGUAAUUCAUCACAGAAUGUGGAGCUAAUGCUGCAAGAGAGCUGCACAGACCCCUCAGGUAGCUUAGUCGUGUACGCCACAAUGGAAGUUGACUACAUCCAGCUAGUGAUGAGUGGUGAGGACCCUUCUUGCAUUCCUCUCCUCCCAACGGGGUUCUCCAUAAUACCCCUGGGACAAAACAAUAUUACACCCGAUGCCACAAACAACACAGAUGGCCAGAGUUCCUCCAGCAACAUGGGUGGUGGAUGCCUCCUAACAGUCGGGAUCCAAGUCCAUGCCAGUGCAAGCCCUAAUGCCAAGCUUAACCUUUCAAGCGUGAACGCCAUCAACAACCACAUCUGCAGCAUGGUCCACCAAAUCAACGCUGCCCUUGGCAACACCAACGGAAACAGCAACACAAUCACUAACACCAAUGACAACAUCAAUAACGCUAGUAAUACUUGUGUUGCUUCAACCAGUAAUAACAACGCUGUUGGCUCGUAAAUUGAGGCCAAGAGCGUUGUUAAUUACUACCCUCCAUGUUUUUAAGAGGUUAUUGUAUUUUGGGAGGGCUUAAAGGAAACAAUAUAGAUGAGAAAAGAGUACAAGUGGAAGAAGUAGACUUUGAAUUUUAUUUUUCUUUUACAAAAAAUGGUUAGUAAUUGGUAAAUAAAAAAUCUACUACAACUACUAAUGUACGAGUAGUUAGGUGUGUGAAAAAACAGUGGGAUUAAUGAAGGAGUAAGAAUUGGUGGUGGAAGUCAAGAGCGCACCAGAUGUGAUCCUUGGAUAUGGCUAAGCUAGUUGGUUGGUCGGCCGAGGCUAAUUUCUUACCAGUCAUCCAAGGGUGUUGGUUCGGGCAUUGACUUCUGCUUUUACUCAUUUAAUUUAUUGGGUCCUUUUUUUUUCUUCUUUUUAUUUAAAAAUUCUAUUUUUAUGGGACUUUUUGGUGGAUUACUUUUUAUUGAUGUAAUUGAAGAAUUUAGUGUUCAAUUUAUGAGUUCAUUUAUGUUGGUAGUUGUGGUUA